AUGCAGCACCCGUACACAGCGACCGGCGACGAGCUGCCACCUCCAGACAGCGCUGCGGCAGGGCCGAAGCCUGCUGGCGGCGACGUCAAGCCGCGCCUCACCAAAGAUCAACACGACAUUCUCGAGCAGCACUUCCAGCAGCAGCACAAGCCCACGACCGGCGUAAAGAAGGCGUUCGCCGACCGUCUAGGGAACUGGUUCCAGAACCGCCGCGCAAAGGUCAAGCAGGACCGCAAGAAGGCCCUCAACCAAUACAACAUGCAGAUUGGCAUGAGCGUGUACGGCCACCAGCAGGUAUCGGUCAUGUCCGGACAGCACUUCGCUCCUCCGCACCAUCUAGAGAUGUACCAGCAACAUCAGCAACACCAACCGGUCCCACAGCCUCAGCCUCACAUCCCCAUGCCCCAAGAGUACGGCCCCGUGACUGCUGACAUCAGCCCUGCCAGCCUGCCUGUGCAGAGCAUGGACGGACCGUCAGCCCUAGACUUGGGUCCCCAGACCUCACUGCAGCAACCAUUCGACAUGCACCAGUACAAUCUGCGGACGAUCUCGGAGGCCGACCGCACCACCUCUUACCCGCCACAGAUGAUGAUGCACUCGGCACUCAUGGCUGCGACUGCCGGUCCCAGCUACAUGCAGCAGAGCAUGCCCAGCGACAACCAGGAACAAGGCUUCCCUUACAGCAAUGGCUUAACCAGUCAGUACGCCAACGGUGUUGCUUUCUCCAUGCCCCAGACUCUACCGAACGGACCUGCACUACCACAAGACACCUUCAACGGGUAUGCCGACUUCAGCAAUCUUGAUUACACUGCUCUAGCUGCAGCACAGACUGAUCCGCCUGGCCAAGCGGAAGCUCAGAACAGCACAGGUACAUGCUCGACAGGACAAUCACCAUACUCAGGCAACCAGUCAGUAACCCCUCAAUCAUCGAACGGUCCAACACCCCCUGUCGCUUCCGUUGCAUCCAUCACGUCCAUGUACUCUGGCUGGAAAGGCGACCCAGCCUCAGACGCUCAGCUGGAGCAAGGCCAUGACAAUGACGACUUCGCAGCAACAUUCAACUUUGACCAACACACACCUUCAGACAACGCUAUGCCUUUCUGGGGUUCGAACGGUAGCGUUCCUUCAUUCCCACAGAACAACUUCUACCAGCAGGUCAACAACUCGUCUCAGGCUAUCCUUUCUUCUCCAGAACACGACUUGACACGAAAGCAUAGCGCGGCUGCAUCUGAUUUGGAGAUGCCUCCGAUGUUUGGCGAAGAUGGCUUCAGGCGUAGAAAUUCUUCGACUAGCAACCUUGCCAGUAACAUGGAUGCAGUUCAUAUCCGUAACGGAACACCGGACGAUUUCAAACAGCUUGCUCAAACAUCCAGCAUCGCUGUGAGGCGACAAAAGCGCCCCGUCAACUUGAGCUCGAGCGCCAUGAGAAGCGCUUCAUACACCCCAGGUAUGCCAUCUCCAGCAGGGAACCCCGACCACACUCUUAGGAGAAUUCGGUCGACAGGUAUCCCUAACGCCGGAGGCCGUGUUCAGAAGUCAAGGCCAGGCUCAGCCCAGCCAUCGCCCAUGGUAUCCAGCUUUUCCGAAGCUGCUGCAUCUCCAAAGUUUGCAAGGACAUUCUCAAGUUCUAGCGCAACAACAUUGGGCAACAACGGGAGCUUGGCACCACCUACGCCUCUCACACCUCAAGAGAUGGGAUUCUACUGGCAGCCUCAGGGCACCAUGAGACCUCAUGCUCUGCCAGAGCACAGCAGUCCGGCAAGUUUAAAUACGAAUUGGUCCGCUGAGCCCUUCGCUACAAGUCUCAACAUCAAGGGCUCACCACCUGCAACACCACUGGAUCUGCAGCGUCUGAACCAGGCCCGUCUUGCCAACGAAAGUCUCUACCGUGAUACUCCACCGCAAUCAGCGCCUCCCACACAGCAAAGCUUUCCCCAUACUGGCUUCAUGCAGCCUCCUCGAAUGAGAUCUGCUUUCCACUCAUCCACGGACCUCACGCUGCAGCAGCCAAAGCCCUCACAUUUCCGGCGCCCAUCGUUGCCUGAUACUGCUCAGAACCCAACAGACGAAGUCAGUCACCCUGACUACUCGUACGGAGGCAACUUUGGUUAUAACGAAAUAUCUUUGCAAGGGAUCUCGCACAAUGUUCCAUUUGCCCCUCCCGUGUCUUCGAUGCCCGACUUCCUGGUUCACCAGUACACACCCUCGCAAGGCACAACCGACAUGCACGGCAACGCGAUCCGUCGUAUGGAUGUGCCGAAGAGUUACGUCUUUGCGAACCAAAGCGCUAGCGACUUCAAGUCGUAG